AUUUCUGAAGUGAGACUAGGAAGAGAAGAUGAACAAUUCCCUGGAUUAUCUGGCCUACCCCGUUAUCGUCUCUAAUCAUAGGCAAAGCACAACCUUCAGAAAGAAACUGGACCUUAGUCACUACCUAUUUCACAAGAAUAGAAUCCAAAUAGCGAAGCCUACUGUUGAUACCAAACCUCCAGUGGCGCACACACAUCACAUUUUAAAAUUGAGCAAACUACAGGGUGAACAAAAGAAAAUCGACAAAAUCGAGUACGAAAAUAACCAACUAUGCCAGAAAAUUGCGAAUGCUCAACGAGGCCCUGCCAAGGUGGAUUGCUGGAAUGAAUAUUUUACCAAGAGCUUAAACAGAGAAUGGAGGAACCGCGAGCUAGUGAGAAUUACCGUGGAAAACCAGGGCAUUCUGAAGAGGCUUGGUGAUCGCAAAUCCCACUACGACCGCAUGGCAUCUGAGACAGACUGGCAGAACUCAAGGCGCUAUAUCAGAAAUACAACAAGAUAUCUUCUCUCCUGAGAUGACUAGGUUACUCACCGUGGAAAAAGACACAAGGGAAGCCCUAAGAUUUCUUGGCUGCUUGGAAUCUCAAGACACUCCUGAGUGGCUGAAAGCUCAGUCUUAGGCUGCUUCAAUAAAGCUUGGAACAUAAAAUGAGUAAGUCACAUUUAAGGGACCCAAAGGCGUUACACUCUCAUCCCAAAAUGGGGCAGGUAGAGAAAAGAUGCAGUGAGCAUUUCUAUUUGGGGCUAGGAAAAGAAAUGUUACCAAAACGGGGGGCGGGGACAGAGAGAGGGAGUGGAGGCAGAGAGAGAGAUCUGAGAGUUCUCUCUUUUAAACAUACCUCACCGUCCUGAGGGGGGAGAGAAAAAGUGGAGUGAGACCAUCCAGCCACAAGUACAGCACUGUCAAAAUGGGAAACAAAGGACAUGACAACACCGAGGUUCAGACAACACAAGGAACGAAUGCCAUUAGUUCCUCUGUGAAUACACA